AUGAGUGAAACUAGUCUGAAUUCAUAUUCCGACAGAGAAAUAGAGUCUUCUUUGAAAGAUUUGUUGGAGAGAAUCUUAAUUUAAUUGGAGAAGUACAUUGAAACAAAAAGCGAUCUGAAUGAAAUCGAGAAGGAAUUGAAGGAUUAUGAGAACAUAACUCAAUUAGCCAAUAUAAUCAAAGUUGUUUUCACCAAUCUAAUCUUGAAAAUUGACAAAAAAGUCCAAAAGUUGGAGAAGAAUUUGGAUCCAAAUUCCUCCUUUAAAAGCAUAAGAACUGAAGAUGAAUACGAGAAACUUGAACAAACAGUCAUCAAAUAUGAGGGCGAGAUUAGAAAUCACAUACGACUUGAAUAGCAAUUGAAAUUGUAUACAGAAUCAAUCCAAACCAAAUUAGAUGAAAGUGAGGCUACAAGAAAUGAGUUACUUGAAACAACCAAGAAGGUUAUGAAUAAUCUGAAGAGAGAAAAUCAAAAAUAUUAUGAAGAAAACGUGAAAUUGCAGUCUGACAUCACUUAUUAUAAGCAGCGAAUUCAAUAACUAGAAAAUGAUUAAUCCAAAAAGACUAUAGAAUACGAUCAAGGAGAUCAAGAAAUUUAGAAACUUCAUAAAAAUAGCUAAUAAAUUAAAGCACUAAUAAAAACAAAGCCUAAUAGUAAGGAAACCAAUAAAACUAGUUCCUAUUCGGAACAUAAAUUAAGUAGUCAACUCUAAGAAAGCACUGAUUACCCAACUCAAUCUCAAGGAUCUUUGAAAUAAAAUUAUUUUAAUAUCCUUCAAUAUGGGUAAAAUCACCAAUAGUAACAAUUGUAAUAAUAAAUUUAAUAAUAACAACACGAAUAUUAAAAAUCAUUUCAUGGCAAACAUAAUUCAAUCUCUUCUAUUAAUGACAUCAUUCAGUAACAAAUAAUUAUUAAAGAUAAGAAAGGAAACUUAAUUAGUUAAAAUGCAUCCAAAAAGAAUUCAUAAAAUUCCCAAGUGCAACAAAAAACAAUUUAAUAAACUAUAUUAACUCAACCUAGAAGCAGAAGUGGAAGUGCUCGACGCAAUUUAAAUUAGAAGUAGAAAACUUCCAUUCUAUAAUGA